UACAGACACAAGAAUUAUGCAGUCCUUCCGUGAGAGAAGCAGUGGUUACCACAGCAACCAGCCCUGCUACCAGCAGGAGCCCCAUGAGUUAUCCCGUCUGGAUACCUAUCGACAACAUCCACAUCAUCCACAGCCCCAGCACCCACAUCCAGGUCCUGGUCCACAUCCAGGCCCAGGCCCAGGACACACCAGAUCAGGCUAUGAAGCCCACUCACUGGCAAACCCCACAGGAAUUUCUCCAGCUGUAGGGCCAGGAAAUGGUGUAGGACCAAAAGACUGUUAUAGCCAGCAAGCAUAUCCUGGAUACGCAGGCAGUGGUGGAGAAAAUGCAAGUGGCAGUGGUGGGUCUGCCCCUCCACAAGCAAAGAAACCCUACAGAGGAAGUAAAGUGCCCUCCCACACAUCCAGUCAGCACCUGCAGGGUCCUGGGGGCUACAGUAACCACAUGGGUCCUGGCAAUUACUCAACCCAAUACUUGAGUGAAGGCCAUCUACAGCAGAAGUGGGAGGACCCAGUUCAGUUAACUCAGUAUGAUCAGGACUUAGUUGGGCGUAUGGAGGCUGGUGGAGGUCCUGCACCUGGCUCUUCUCAGUAUAUAGACCAGAACGUGUUGGGCCACUCUCAGAGCCAAUGCCACCAGACCUCCAAUUCUGCCUAUACCAGCCCCCACCACCAGUCACACCCACCUAACCCUGCACCUUCCCCACUUAUGUAUCCCCAGAGUCACCUGCACUACCCACAGCCCUCACCCUCUCCCUCCCCGUACAUGGAAAAGUGCAACGCUAUGCCUCAUUGUUAUAAAGGAUACAACCUGACCCCUAAUUCCCAGUACAGCAGACAAAUGGGCAGCCACAGUAAUCUGAAGCAGGGGAAUUACAGGUCCACACAGAACAAUUAUGGCUACCAGCAACCUCCCUCCAGAGGUUAUGAGCCACAACCCCCUUUACAGGCCAUGACAAACCCCCAAGAUGCCCACCCUAAAUACCAACACUACAGCCAAAACCAACAAAACUAUUGUUUGUCAGAGCUGUCUGUUAGAUCACCAGAACAGUAUUACCAGACAUGCAGCCCUUCCUCCAGUCACUCCCCUGCACGUUCUGUUGGGCGCUCACCCUCAUACAGCUCCACGCCUUCACCACUUAUGUCCAAUCCGGAGUCUUUUCAGUAUGGCCAGCCUCCUAUGACUCCUGCUGCAGCAUCCUCCACUUCGUCCUCUUCAGCAGGCUUGCAGGAACAAAGUAAUUCCAACACAAUGUUGAUGCCUCCACACUCACACCCCUCACCCAGUGUGCCCCACUCCGCCACUCACAGUUAUGCUACGACUCCACACAUCCCUACCAUGAAAGAACGCUUUUCCGAGAAGCUACUGUCAAACCCCAGCUUGUGGAGCUUGAACGCCCUCACUUCUCAAGUUGAGAGCAUCUCAAACAAUGUGCAGCAGCUGCUGCUCUCUGAGGCCUUGGUAGCAAACAAGAAGGGCAGCAAGCGCAGCAGUGGAGGUAGCAAUAGUAGUGCUGGAAAUGGAAACAAAAAGGGUGAGGAAUACAAAACGUCUCUCUAUCCCGAUGGAAGUAUUGGUAGUAUUGGUGGAGGUCCUAUUCAGGACCCUUAUUCUACUCAUCAGCAGCAGGCGCUGCCCAUGGAACUCCAUGAAGGGGGCUACUCCAGCAGCAGUGAUGAACAGCUGGAGAGGGGGUACUACUUUUGUGGUCAGGGCAGGAGUCCAGCACAAGCCCCCAACAAUACUCACCUCAACCUAGACACAGCUUCUUCAUGCUCUAUUACAUCUCCAGAUGAUAUGUCUACCAGAUCUGGGGACUCCGGCCUUCACAAUCUAACUCCGGACCCUAUUCGAUGUCAGUCAGGGCAGGGAAGAGAUGGCAUGAAUACUCCAGUAAAGAGCAUCGGUGAAGAGAGGUCUCCUGCAAGCAUCACCAUCCUCAGUCCAAUGAAACAAGACAGUGACUCCCCUUCAGACAUUCAGCAUAUCAAUGAAUCCAUUAAGGAAAAUUUUGAAGAAUCAGCCUUGACAGAGAAAUUCUCAGACAAAGAGGAAAUGGCAUCAGAAAAGACACCUGACCACGAGAAAACCUCAGACACAACUAACCUGACAGAGGAUCUGGAGAAAUGGGCCGAAGAUGAGAAUCUUUACUGCAAAGUAAACAAAGAGAUAAUAGAAAAGAGCUAUUGUUUUGAUGAGACAGUGUACCAGAAGAUCCAAAAUAAAUAUGACCCCACUCUGAGAGAGUCACUUCAGCCAUUCCCAGCAGGUCUAUCUGACUCCAGCCAGAACAAACACUUUGACCAAGAGAUGAAAUCAGAACCGUUUAAAGCUGAAUCUCCAAGUGUUUCAGAGAGCUCAGUCAAAACAUUGCCUUUCACAUCUCGGAGUGACGUUGAUCACGACCAGUAUUCCACGGAAAAAGAAGACAGCUCAGAGAACAUGUCUCCAGCCCCUCACGUUGAGACCUUGAAUGAGAAUAACUCUAAUAACCAAGAAAAUAGAGCUGUGGAGGAUGAAGAAGAUGAAGAUAGCGAAAGAGUGGUAGUCACUGAUGAAAAGGAAGAGGAAGAGACACAAACACAACACCCUCUAUCCCCUCCUCUAUCUACAGAGGUUAGGAAGGAUGUGGAAGAGGAAGAGGAAUUCAGUGACUCAUUGGCUGAGGAUCACAUGAAUAAUACAGAUGAGCAAGAGAUGUCAUCUGGUGGUCUCUGCAGCAGGACAGAGAGUCAGAAUAUUGACCUCUAUGCUGAUAAUGACUUUGCAGCAGGGCCUCCAACAUAUCAAACUGCAACAUCAGCAGCAGACACUUGUGAAAGAGCAUCAGCUAUUGGUGAUACUGCUCCUCAACCUCAGUCAGCUCUACCAGUUUUCUCAGCUCUCAAUGACAGGGCAACACCUCCAGCUCAGUCCAGGGACCAUAUUGAUCACAGUGAUGCAAAAGUGCUGGAGCCAGAUUCUCCUCAAAUCCCUGGAAAGUCAAUACUUCCACCAGCCCCCUCCUGGGCAGACACACCACCUUCCCCAAAGAAAGGAGAUGAUGAUGUGGAGCCGGGCAUCAGCUGCUCCAGUGCUGUGACCCCUAUGGCCAAGCCAGAGCCUGUGGUUCCGUCUGCUCAGCCACGAACAUAUGGCCACAAGCACGCCAGAGGUAAAAGGAGAAUCAUGCAAACAAGUGUUGGGAUUACGCAAGAGAUACACUUGGAAAGAGAAGAGGGGAACGAAGAGGUGAAUGUCCCAUCACCUGUGCAGAAACGCUGCAUGCCCCCAAGUAAAACUGUGCUCCUCUCAGAUCAAACAGAUCUGGCUCAUCAGGAAUCUAUUGUGAGCCAAACUCCAAAACUGUUAUCUGAUGGUCUGCGUUCUCGAAUGUGUACUCGCUCAUUCAGUGCACCUGACAUGGCACCAAAGGUUGAGCUGAAUGUGAAGAGAAAACAAUGGACCAAAUCAGGUUCAAAACCUGGGCUCAAACCAGGACCAAAAUCUGGACCCAAAACAGGAGUAAAACCCAGUCCAAAACCAGUCACUAAACCUGAUCAAAAACCUGGAUCAAAAUUUGGGCCAAAGCCGGGACCUAAACUAAGUCAAAAACCUGUGCCAAAUGUACCAGAGCUGCCUCCAAAAAUUGAGACACCUGUGAAACGAAAACCAGGACCCAAACCUGGUUUAAAACCUGAAUCAAUAUCUGUAGCCAAACCUGAGUCAAAAUCAGGUCUGAAACCAGCACUAAAACCGAGCUCAAAACCAGGCCCAAAGCCUGCAUCUAAGCCUGCAAACGUUUCUUUAACCACCACCAUCAUACCGAACAAGGCUCCCGUGGGUCGCCCCAAAGGCUCAAGUUCUAAAACGAAGUUGACACAGAAAGAAGAAAGCAUUCAACCUUUGUCAGGAUUUCAAAACAGAAGUAGGAAAAACAAAAAAGCUACAAUAUUACAAGCAAACCAGGAGGAAACACCACUUAACCAGAUAGAAAAACAAACAAAUGAAGACAAAGAAACUGAGAAAGAUGGCAAGAACAUGGUUUUGAGAUAGAAGCCUUCACAGGGAAAGCUUUUGAAAGAAAAAGAAAAAAUCAUUGAAACAGAUGUAUUGCCACAGACUCCAACUGAAAUCACCAGUAGUGUUUCACUCAAGGACAAGGAUCCUAUAACUACAGAGCAAAAGAUAACUUCUCUUCCUAACACAGACACAAGCACAGAUGUUUCUGUGGAUUCCCCAGCACAAGCAGAACUCCCUGUACCACCUCGAGCAUCAGCCCUAACUGACAAAGCCGAAGAAAAAUUAUCAAUACCACUAAACGAAAACCUAGCGUAGAAGCUUUCCAAUACCCAGGCAAGAAAAAAACAGGGGUCCAAAGCCAAAUCAAAACCUUUGCCACCUCAACCCUUCCUGGAGGUCCAGAAUACAUCAAAACCAAAGAAAAGAGUGUCCAAGAGUCCCAAAAGAAAGCAAGAGCCAUCCAAGAAGCCCUCGGUGAGCCCUCCCCCAACCAGAGACACUCUUCACAACAAUAAUGAUGCUGAAAUCCUGACUGAUGGCCUCCUCGCCUCACAGUGUCCCACUAAAACAAAAGUUCUGCCACCCCGCAAAGGAAGAGGACAGAAUACAACAGCCAUGGUACAGAAAAUAACAUCACCUGGCUCAAAGAAACACCUCCCAGUUCCCUCAAUAGACAGCAGUUUAACUGAUGAUGUGACCACCAAGGCAUUGCCGCAGCACGUUGUGAAAGAAGGUGAGACAUCUAUGUUCUCAAAUACUGUUGAGAUGAUAGAAGAAAAAUUAAAAAGCACAGAGUCUACACAAGAAGACAUUGGACAUUGUCCGUGGAGAAAAGAGGGAGAUACACAAGUGAGAGGAAUGCAUGUGAGCCAAGAGACUGCAAUGACAGAGGAAGAAAAACAUAUGUGGUAGAAGUUGAUGUAGCAAAGGAGACAAAACCAGAAAACACAGAACACGGGAUACAGGAAAAAGAGGAAGCUAAUACAGGGUCCCUUGUGGACAGCAGGUCCAGACGAAUUAAUAGACCAGACUUCAGCCAGUGUAUCUGUUCCAACAAAAUCAGCUCGAACUAAAAGAAAGAGAUGGGCCAUGGUGGAGAGUACAGAUGCCUCAGUAGCAGCCUUAGAAGCAGGAAGCCUGAUAGUUACCACACCAAGGCUAGCCAAACAGAGGGCCAUUAAGAAUAAUCAUGAAAUGCACCUAAAACAGAGAAGGAAGAAGAGAAAAUACCAAACCCCUAUAGAAGGAAUAGAAGCAGCCAAGAAUACAAACACUGAAACAGCUGAACAACAAGCAACAGAAGAGGAGAAGAUAGAGGAAAAGGUAACCUCCACAGAGGCCAUAGUACCAAUGCUUUUCAGCCAAGAUGAAAUCACUGAGGCUCUCGAGGUCACCAAUAAAGACCUCCUCCAGAAACCGAGGAGAGGCAGAAAACCUUCAACACAUCCAACCAAGAAGAAAUGUGGCAAAGCAUCUUCAGAGCAUAUUUCUGGUAAGCCUGUGAAGGUCCACAAAAAACCUGGGCCAAAGCCAGGAAUGAAGGAUGCCCUUGAGGUUAUUGAGGCAGUCAUAAGAGCUGCAGGGUGUGAGCAGGCUGAGAAAGAGGAGAGAGAAAAAGAAGAAAGACAAAGGAGAGAACAAGAGGAGCAAGAAAAACAAGAGCCAUGUGUUGUGGGUCCUGUAGUGACAAUAACAGAAAAACAGACUGAAAUCAUUACUGUGAAAAGAAUCAGACGUAAGCCAGUGCAGAAAAAUGCCAAACCGUCCUUCUGUCCCUAUGUGAGGAUCAAUAACUCCAGAGACUUUUCUUCUUGGUGUACUGUCAUCAACAAACCAGAGGAUGCAGUGAUAUUUCAGAAACGCAAGAAAAAAGGUAUAGUGAGAAUGAAGAAUCCCAUCACGGUGGCAAAGGUAGUGCCGCAUACCCCGGCCAUGCUCCAGGGACCCUUGGUGAAUAAAGAUUUGUUUGGCAGAUGUCUUACAUGUUGCCUGUGCGGAAAGCCAUCAAAUUAUAGAGACCUGGGUGAUCUGUGUGGACCUUACUAUACGGAAGAUGACAUUCCUCGAAAGAUUUUGACAAACAGGCACACGGGAUCCCUCAGGGAAUUUCCAACCAAGACCAAUGACAAUAGUAGUAGCUGUGAUGAAAAACCCAGCAGCUCCUCAGGCAUCGAAGUAGAGGGCAGCAAUCCAGACACGUCUAUUCAAGAACGCAUCAGUAGCAGGCUCCAUCACUGGCGAUACCGAAGGUCAGAAAGAGUGUGUCAGAAGGGUCCACCACAAAGGGUAACUCUCCAAGAAAGAUUUAGAAAGAUGAAACAGCUCCAGGCAAUAAGCCAAGGGGCCUCCAGUGAUCAGGAGAGCAGUGACAGCAUGUUCCAAAGGCUACAAGUGGAGGCUGAAGCUAAGGAACACUGGGCUCGAAACUGUGCCAUCUGGACCAAGGGAGUAAUUAUGGUAGCUGGGAGGUUAUACGGACUAAAAGAGGCUGCUAACAAGUCAGCCGAAGUUAGCUGCUACAAGUGCCAGAUUGUGGGGGCGUCCCUCAGCUGUUGUUGGAGAGGCUGCUCUCAUAAAUACCACUAUGUCUGCGCCAAAGAGAUAGGCUGCACAUUCCAUGAGGAUGACUUCUCUAUUAAAUGUCCCAAACAUGAGGAUCUGUAAGAUAUUCCAGUGUACCACCUCCACCACCAUCACAAAAAUGUCAGCCAGGCAAGCACCAUCUAUCCAUCAAGGUGAAGGAAAGUCUGAAUAGUCAGUUCUACCUAAAGGAAAUGGUGAUAUACUGGUGGGCAGGCCCG